ACUGGAUGAUAAUUCUGGAUUCAUUCGUGUGUUUAUCACUUUCAUGAUGUGAAUGACUUGCAGGAAGCUUCAUGAAACUUAAGCUCAUGAAAAAUGGAUUCACAUGUACGAUAAAUGAUAUGAAGGACGAGGAGCAAACAUGGAGAGUGCAGAAGGAAGUACUCGUGUGAAGCAGAAGGCUUUGUUACCGAGUCUGACGUCCCAGUCUGUCCCCGUGACAGCUGCAGCAAUAAAAAUAAUAAGUCAUCAUGGAGACCAGGAGCUCCACAUCUUCAUCCACCUCACAGCUCUUAAAAUCGAUCCUCCAUCCAUCAGUCAAUUGAUCAAUAACAGCCUCUUGAUGCAUGCUCAGUCAUCCAGAUGUUUGAUUUUGCUGCGGACUGAUCUGCCGUCGGACAUGGAGGAGGUGAGCGAGGUUCUCUAUCAGCAGGAUCGACUGCAGCUCAUUGUGGAGAAAAGGAAGUGGCAGACGGAGAUCGAGAACAAGAAGCGUCAGUUGGAGGACGACAGGAGGGCGCUACAGCACCUGAAGUCAAAGGCUCUGAGGGACCGCUGGCUGCUGGAGGGAGCAUCUGCUGGACCCGAGCAGAACGAAGUCUGUAGACAGCUGGAGCAGGACGAGGCCCGGACCCGGAGCCUGGAGGAGACCAUUGACAGGCUGCAGCAGGAACUUGUCGGCCUUGAGACUGGAUCUGUCUGUCAGACCAUAACUAACAUUAAAGUGUCAUCAAGACCAGCUUCAGCUGUAGAGGUCAAAGAUCGCGAAAGGCAUCAGCAGGACAGGGCUCCACUGGCAACUCAGGUGAUCCAAGCCCCUGCAGAGGUCAAAGUUAACAAAAGUCCUCGACUGAACAAACCCAGAGAGGCGACCGAGGAGAUGAAGAAAGCGAUGUACUCGGUGGAGAUUAAAGUAGAGCGGGACAGAGUGACGGGGGAAACCAGGGUUCUGUCCAGUAACACCAAACUUCCUGUUGACCUCUCUGACCAAGGGGUCAAAGUUUAUGAAGAUGAGCAGAAAGUGGUCCAUGAGCUGAAUGGUGAGGAUAUCCACCUGCUCAGCUCCUCUGAGGUUGAAGAGCUCAUCCACAAAGCUGAUGAGGCGUCGAUGAUGUCACAGACUGUCACCACUGUGACAUCCCUCCCGACAGCAGAGGUUCGGGAGGAGUUGGAGCUGAUGCGGUCCAAGUCGCCGCUACCUCAGGUUCCAGUGGAGAUCACAGGGCUAGAGGCCGAAGUGGGUGGUGAGCCGAGCGUGGCUGAGGCGAGCACUGAGAACCCGGUUACCAUGGUGUUCAUGGGAUACCAGAGCGUAGAGGAUGAAGACGAGACCAAGAAGGUGCUGGGGCUGCAGGGCACGGUGAAGGCCGAGCUGGUGCACAUUGAUGACCCAAACGGGAAGACAUCAGGGGGAGAAAAGGAGGCGGAUCCACCUCUGCCCACCUCCAAGGCCCCACCAACCUCCACUAAACCUCCAAUGGCGAUACCAGUGGCAAGCAAUGGGGAGACGGCAGGGAAGGAGAAGGAGAAGAAGCCGUGUAAGUGCUGUAGCAUCAUGUGACCUGGUGACCUGUGGGGGGGGGGUGCCGCCUUGAAACGUAGCACGCAAAUACAAAAAUAAAAAGGACUGAAAACUCCUCCCAUUGCUCACAGCCCCCCCAACAUCACUUCCUGUUUCUUCCUUCAGGCGUAUAAAGCCUCUCUUUACUUUUUCUAUUUUCUUGAAGCCUUUUUACUUUUUUACUCUGCACGUCUGUACUUACAUGUCUCAGUGUUAGCAUAGCCUCAGUGUUAGCCUCCGCCUUCGCUGUGCCAGGAUGUUUGUAGCUCCUCCCCCUCCUUUCUGUGAAUGUAUUAUUAUAUUUAUUAGAAGCUGUCUGAGUUUUUAAAAGAAGAAAUAAAAUGAGCAGAAACUAGUCUGCUUUUGUGCCGCAGCCUAAAUUCUUCACCUCCACCUUCUAUGUGGACCAACAAGUACCUCUCUAUCCCUUAAGGGAAAUGAUUGUGUUCGAGCAGUAGGAUAAAGACGGUCCUGUCUACAAUAAAUAAACACAGUAAAAGUGCCACGGGCACUGAAAACUGUGUAAAAUGUUACAUAUACAGCAGUGAAAACAAACAAAGACAAUAAAAAUGGGCAGAGUAAAAGAUUGUGCAAAUUAUAACAUUAAUUAAUGUGUACACUAUAAAUCUGAUAAACAGCUACAUGAAGGUUUAAUACAGAAAUGCAUGUUUGGAGUCUUAUACCUGACAGGUCUGUUCACCUGUCCUUGAAUGAGGUCUUAUCCUGCAGACUCGUGCAUGGCUCUGUGUGAUCAGAGGUUUUAAUCCAGCACUGCUCAAACCAAUGAUCUUUACAGGAAACAGAUGAGAGCUCGAAGCUGCUGUCGUCUUUAUUGAAUAAAAUUAAACGUUUUAAUUGUUGAUUGCUUCUUUGACCUCUGAAAGUUUGAAAAGCAUUCGCUGAUCUUCGUCUCUGUGGAAAUCUUUUGAAGCGUGCUGCAUUGAAAGUCUGACAUAACCUCAGAGGAUUCACUCACACUGGGCUCCAUCAAACAGCACUCACAAUCCCAUCAGCUGUUUUUUGAUCCACCCGCUGAGUCAGCGACGCUCGCCAAGAGGAUCCAACUCUCGCAGCUUAGUGAUCGGACUGCCACACACACCCUCAUACACGUCAUUGCCAAGUGUAGCAGAUUUCAAAUGGUAGACUGUUUUAUGAUGACAAACAGGGACUGGUUGCAAAACUGGCUUUAUUUUCUAAGCAUUUUCACAGCAGCAGGUGUUUCUUAAUCCCAAUGUGGAGUCCAUGCAACUUUGGCCCACAAUAUUUAAAAAACAUAAAAAUAUCAAAACAAUGGUUUCUCUCAACAGCCACUUCAAAAUCAAGUGUAAUAGCGGGGUAAAACUGAGACAAAUAUGACGCAAAGUAUACUUCAAAAUAAACUACUGAUAAUCACUUAUAAUAUUUAAAUCCCCACUAAGAUGGAUCAAUUACAAAACACAUAUUCAUACAAAAGUAAAUUUUCCCAACACAACUGAAAAUACUAUUUAACGUGCAGCCUUAUAUGACAAACUCAUUAUACACAUAAAACAAAAUCUGUACAUGACUAACAUUUAAGUCAAGUCAAGCAGAGUUUUAUUGUCAACCCAACAAUAUAAACUCAAGUACACAGUGGGACAAAAUAGCGUCCUCCUAGAUCAAAGGUGCAACCUGUAAAAAUAAACUGAAAAAAAUAAAUAAAUACAUAUAUACACAACUAUACAGGAAUAAGAUAAACUAAUAAUAAGUACAACAGUGUUGUACUUGAAUAGAAAUAGAAUAAGAACAGAAAAGAACGAGAAUAAAUUAGUACAAUAGUACACAGACAGAGUCAAACAGUGCAAUACAGCAGAGUGCAAGUAUCGGGAGUGAGAGGACAGUGUUAUGUAGUCCAAGAAGUGUGUGGAGAAGAGAGUCCAGUGUGGAGGAGGGCAGUGUGGUCCUCGGGAGCCGGACUGCUUGGAGGGAAAAGCUAUUUACAUAUAUCUAAAAGGCAAAAUGCAGCAGCAGACCUCUCUGUUUAGCACAAGUGAAAAACACAUAAAUAGGUGGUAUAACGAUAAAAGGCAGUUUCCAUCACUUUGGUACUUUGGGGACUUUUAGCCCUAAGAACUAAUACUUAGUAAAGCAAAAUAAACCAAACUUAAAUUUAUAAUUUAGUACAGGGAGACAAGCUACAGAGAAUGUGCCAAGCUACAGAGAAUGUGCCUUACCAGUGUGGAGUCCAUGCGACUCUGACUGGGAACCCACCACACAUGCAACAUGUUUCCUAGCAGUGUCCCAGUGAUUAACGUCCCACUACAACAGUGGAACCUUAGUAUUACAAAAAUUCCAUUUAAGUAAUAAAAAAUCAAAUAUAUACAAUGCUGUUUGAAAAAAGUUCACUGUGACUAUAUCUCAGCUACACAAACACUUAUUUGCACAAUCUCAUACACACACACACGCACCCCUUAAUACAUCAAGUUAACUUUUGCACAACCCACUUUCAUUGUUGCACUUUUGUAUUGCACUGCUGUGUCUGUAUAGUUUCUGUCUUUGUUUAGUUUUUUUUUUUUUUUGCUCACUUGCACUUUAUCUAGUCCUGUGUUGAGUGUCUGUUAUAUGUAGCACCAUGGUCUUGGAAGAAUGUUGUCUCCUUUCACUGUGUACUGUACCACUGCACAUGGUGGGAAUGACAAUAAAGCCACUUGACCUGAGAAGUUCAACUCAUUCUUUCUUCAGACUCCUCACAGCUGAUCAUGAUUUCAGCGAUGCAAUGUCUGAUAGAGAAAGCUCUUGAAACAGGGUUAAAACCAGGUUCAUAUCUGCUGAGCAGCAGCUCCUACAAAUCAGUAUUGAAACAUUAUCAGAUCAUCAGCUUGUGUCUGAAAUUCAUCAGGUCGUCUUGUUUCACACACAGAGUGUGGGUCUGUCUGACGUCCUGGGGGGUGACGACUCUGCUCUGAUUGGAUAGAAGUCUGUGAGGAAAUGAGUCUCCUCAUCAGAUGAUCUUUGAGCUCAGUGAACUCUUUCCUGGUGAGCUUAUGGUCUCAGGACUAAAUAAAACAUGUUUGUUUUGGAGAUAAUGUUCCCAUUAAGGUCAGAGAGGAGCAGGAAGCAGGAAGGAUUUAGGGCAGGGUUGAACAGUGAUUGACACGUUGCUGCUUUUUCUGUUUUUAUUUGAUCUUUUGAGCAUUUCUGGAGCUGAUUGGAAGAUCGAGGGUUUGUCUUGGUGGGUCUGUGACUUCACAGAGGUUUUCCAGCAGAGUGCUGUGUUUGAGACUCUGAGGAAGAUAAAAACAAGCUCAGAUGGAGAACGGAGGGAUUUAUUUCACUCAGCAGCGUCUGCAUGCUCUGCAGCCUCCUGCUGUUGUCUUAGUAACCUGCAGAAUGAGGCUCAGUGUCGCCCACUGCAGGAGACAGUACCUGCUGACAGUGAAGCAGGUUGUGUUUUCACCCCGUUAUUCCCUGAUUAGUUCACAAGUGAAGUUUGACCCUGUGCAUGCGGGCUGCACACACACACACAAAUAUCAGAGACAAUAUAUAGCAGCAACUGUGACUCUGGGUUUCUGUUAUUUAAGGCCAAAUAACAGAAAUUAUUUUUUUAGAUGCAUUUUAAGAAUGUGCAGGAUGGGGUCAGACUUUAUGGACCUACAGUCUCUGCAGUUUCACUGUAUUUAGUCGAACGUGUGUGGCAGCCCCAGUGUCUGAAUUGGUAUUUUAUUGUUAUUGUGAUGAACCGCUUAAACUAACUGAUUAAACACUAAUUUUCAGACAAUGACAACUACAAACCUGACUUUAAGGAAAGAUUUAAAACCAAAAAAACUCACAAAAAACAAAGUAAAAUAACUCCAAAUUCCAUGUGUUCACUCUGUGUAUGUGUUUCUGUUGGUCAGCAGCAUUCCUGAUAAAUUCUGCUGCUCAGCAACACUGAAACACACACACGUUGGUUUUUGUGGCUGAGUGAGGUCCUGGGACACACUGCGUUGCCAGGACCGUUUUAAACUGGUCCAUGUGAAUGCAAACACACAAAUACAGUUCCUGCACAAUUAAAACUUUAUUCUUUGAACUGUGCAGUCAGGGAGAAUAUCCCCGAGGGAGGAUAAGGCUAAUAUUUCUCUACAGCUGAUUUAACCAUAACCUGACAUGUAUCUAGUAUUCAGUUUUACUUUCCCUGAAUACCUCUGCCUGCAUUUAUACCCUCAAUUUGUGUGUCCUCAUCGCCUUGUUAUACUGUCGUCCACUCUUGCAUCCUGAUUGGUUUAUUGUGGCUUACCGUGUGUCUGCAUUUGGGGUCUUUGUUAACAAACGUGACUCUUUCGGGUUUUUAAUUACUGUAAGAAUAAAACAGCAUGAAAUACCUGAGUCUGGACACUGUUAGAGAAUGUGUUUGCUGAUGAAUUUCAUGCUUUCUGGAACUGUCCUGUGGGUUCUUCUUGGCAACACUGAUGAUUUCAAUAAUCAGCACAGGUUAACCUGAUUUUAGUCUUUUUUAUAUCGCCACUCGAAUGAACUCAAAAAACAAGAUCAAUACUUCUUAAAAAUACAACCUGCAAGUGAGGAAGCAAUGGCUAAGAACUGGUUAAAUAAAGAAUAUCCAACAAACUUGAACAGAUAAAAUAAAAAGUUCAGGAAAUCUGUGAAAUUCAUCAGCUGAUCUUCUCUGUGAGAGUCUAGAUGGCAAGGUUAUUGAAAACUCGCCAUCUAGACUCUGUGAAUAUAAGUACAUAAAUGACUAAGCUUUGCCUGUUUGUGUUUUUGUGACUAUUGUUACUGUGUUUUUCUGUGGAGAGAGGCGGCAGAUCUGUAGAUAUGACCGUUGGGUCCCUCCAUUUUAUAAAGAGGCUGAUUUAUCUUCAGAAUAAUAAUUUAAAACAAACAAACAUUGACUUGUUCUGACACCAGCUGCAUCUUGAAGUGCGACUAAAUGUGGAUGAAUUAUAACAGUAGAAGCUCCUUAUCUCAUCUACGUCUGUUUCUGCUGCUUGGAGCUUGGCUCCUUGUUUGCACACUUGCUCUUAGAAACUUUCCUCAAACUCUCAAAUCUGCUUUUUUUUUUUAUCUGAUUGAAGGAGGAAGGAAGCAGCUAAUUUAAAAAUUUUAGAAAUAUAUCUUAAAUCCAGUGGUUAACAUUUUGAUGACCUUACCCUUCUGACUCCCACAGUGCAGUAUCAGUUUGACCCACCAGAGGGUUGAUGAUUUUGGUUGAUGUCAAAUUUAUUUUAAAAGUUAUUUUCAAAAGUCAGCUUUUGUCUGGCAAUCGCAGCUGAACACAUCUUCAGAGCUCUUGUUACACAUCUGAUUCACAGUAAAAACAACACAACUGCUUUUUAUUUUCAAACUUUUUGAUCUGAACAGAAUUUAUUCAGAAGCUCCUGAUGUUAAAAUUGAAAGACUGAAAAACCUCCAAACUCUGAUUAUUAAACAGACUCGAAGAAUAAACCACCUGGAACCUGAGCCCAAACCUAAACCUAAGCCUGAUCCUGAACUCAGUCCUCUGAAGGUCUGACAUGAAGUAAGGACAAGGCAGCAUGUCCUCACAGAGCCAUAGAGACCAGCACACACACACACACACAC